CGAUGAGCUGCCGCUCCUUCUAUCUUUGUCCCUCUUUUCAUUUGGACGCCGGGGAGAAAUAAAUAGCUCCACACACACUGUUGGGAGGCAAAUGAAUGGAGCAGACUUGCAAGGGAUUUCCCCAGGCUGCAUUUACACCAAUGGACCUGGAUCCAAGAAGCUUUGAAGGGACCAAUAUGUAUUUUGAAUGCAAUUUCCAUCUUUAUUUUUGAAAAUUAAUUCCUGCAACAGGAUAUUCUUGUAGGAAUUUGCAUUUUUUUUUUUCGUGGAUUUUCACCAGGAAAAAAAAAACUCACAGUACUCUGGCUCGAGGAUGUGCUCUAUAGCGGUGCUUCAUCAGUGGAGUCUGGCUGUGUUCUUGCUCUGUUCUCCAGCCACUCUGGAUGGGAGACCCGCUGAAGCACUCAGUAGCAGAGCGAGGAGGUCAGUGAGCCACGCCCAGCUGAUGCACGACAAAGGCCGCUCCUUGCAGGAGUUCAAGCGGCGCAUGUGGCUGCAGGAGCUGCUGGAGGAGGUUCACACGGCCAACGAGCGAGCGCCGCCGGUGCAGAGCCGGAUCUCCAGCCCCACCUUCAGCGGGAACGCUCUCCCCCAGAAGCCCCCGGGAGCCACCAAGGACCUGUCCGAUCGCUUCCGGCCGGACAGGGAGGGCCCCAACCUGCCGCAGGAGACCAACAAGGCCGUGGCGUAUAAGGACCAGCCACUCAAAGUUGCCACCAAGAGGAAAAAAAAGGCGAGGUUAGGCCGGCGCAAGGAGAACGACAAGAAGAGGAGGAGGGCACGAUCUGUGGCGACAGAGGGGCUGUAGAGGACGAGGCGCCCGCCUUCCAGGCCUCUCAGU